AUGGCAGCUCUUCACGAUGCACUCAAAGCACUAGGCGCCAUAGACUACGACGAAACUCCCACUGACAACCUAAAGCCAUUUCUAUUAGAUGCUUUCAAUAGUGGUCAAAUAAUAGUUGAUUCAAUCCCCAUACCCGACUCUGCCGAACCUUCCAGCACCCGACCGCGAUCAAAUACAACACCUUCAAUAGCCUCAUCUGCAUCCGAAAUCUUAGCAUCGCAUGCCCGAUCUCCACCUCCGCCUCACGAUAUCGAAUGUCUGCAGAAGGAAUGGAAACAAGUGAAACUGAAGCCGGCUGAUAAUCCAUUGGGUAUAAGUGUAUAUUCUUGCAAGGGAAGGGAUGGAAAGGGAACUUGGUUCGCGAGGAGGAGUGUACAUGAGGGAUUGGGAUUUACAAAAUGGAAGAGAGGUUUAGAGAGGGAAUUUCCGGAGACGCUGAAGGUUCAGGGUGGUCCGGGUGAGGGUAAUAUUAGAGGUAUUGGUGGAGAGAAGAGGGUGGCGUAUAACAAUAUGCCUGGGACGGGGAAAAUGGAAGUGUAUCUGCUAUCUGCGCAGUUUCCAGGUCCAACUUCCCCGAGAGAUUUCGUAACAAUGCUUAUCUCUUCAGAUCAAGCAUUGAGGGGACAAAAUAAUCACGAAAUACCCCGCCAUUUUAUGGUAAUAUCGAAACCAUGUCAACAUCCAGAUGCUCCACAACGUGAAGGAUAUAUAAGAGGAAAUUAUGAAUCAGUUGAAUUUAUUCGAGAAAUCCCAACUAAGAAAGCGCCUCCGAAGAGAUCAGUAUCAGCAUCAGAUCUCACAAAGGGACAUUCAAGAGAUAGAUCCGGUUCUAAUUUAGGAAGAGAGGCUGUUUUGAGAAAUGCGCAUCAGAAGCAUGAUCAGCCUACUACAGAGGGAGGAGAAGAAGACAUUGAAAGGCAGGCUUCGCGUUCUGAUAGUAACCUAGCUCUUGUCGGCAAACACGAGAAAACUGCUGUUCCAAGUGAGGAUGAUGAAUGGGAACAAAAUCCUGUUGAGUGGAUCAUGAUUACAAGGAGUGAUCCUGGUGGGAGUGUACCACGAUUUAUGAUUGACCGUGGAACUCCAUCAGCUAUCGUUUCUGAUGCGGGCAAAUUCCUGGAUUGGGCAUGCUCGAAGACAAUUGAGGAAUUGGAUAGUGAUGAUGAGGAACCUGUCGAGAAAGAAGAUGAAAAUACUGAACGUGAACAUCAUCAUCGCCAUCAUCGUCAACAUGACCACGAAAAAGACUUACAUAACUAUCAAACAAAUGGACAUCUUGCAGGUAUAGAUAGUCAAGCAGAGAUAUCACCUCCUGGGCCGGUUGGUCCAGCGAAGCCUGCAACUCAGACGCAACAGCAAGUACCCGCAGCAAGUGGUGGUGGAAUAUAUGACUUGGUGGCAGGAGUAGCAACUUCUGCUGGAGCUUUAAUCGCUCCAUAUGCACCAGCAAUCAUUGCGGAUCGUCUACCGCAUGCUAACGAAGCUCCCUCAACUAAAGAAAAUGAACCUUUACCUCUUGCCAGUGAACCCGUUCCGACUCAAUUUUCCCCCCCUAUUCCUCGGUCUCGAUCAGUAUCCGAUGCAUCCAUCACCAGCGAGUCCACUGUGAAUAGUUUUGAAUCAGCUCUUUCAUUCCGAAAAAUAUCAUCACAAGAUUCGGCAGGUGUUCAAAAAGUAAAUCUGCAACAAGAUAAAGAGCUACAGAAAUUAGAAGACAAAAAACGAAAACUCCAAGAGAAGUUAGAGAGAGCAAAACAAAGAGAAGCGGAUAAAAAGAGUGAAGAUGGAGAGAAAGAAAAAGAAGCCAUUCGAAAAGCAGAGGAAAAAUAUGAGAGAGAAGUAAGGAAAAGAGAAGAAAAAUAUAGAAAGGAAAUGGAAAAGUUGGAAAAGAAAAGGAUAAGAGAGGGGCAGAAACAAGAGGAGAGAAAGAGGAAGAGGGAAGGAAAGGAAAAAGGAGAGGAUUUGCAACAGGUGAAUGCUAAUUUGAGAGCGGAGAUUGAGGUGCUAAAGAGGGAGAAACAGGUUUUGAGGGAUCAGGUGGGUAGUGUACAGAGGGAAAAUACACUCUUGGUAGGGAGAUUGGGGAGACUAGGGGUCCCAGGUGAGGAAAUGUUGAGGGAGGUGAGGGAGGAGUUGAGUGGGGGAUUGAGUCCGAAGGGAAGGGUUAGGGGAAGUAGUAUGGGGAGUGCGAGUGGGAGUGGGAGUCAGAGGAGUGGCAUUAGCGGGGGAGCGAAGAGUGCUAUGGGUGUUGGUGGUAAGGUCGCUGGCGCUGGAGUUGGUACUGGGGCCGGGGCUGGUGCUGGUGCUGGUGUUGGUGAGGGUGUUGGUAUUAAUGCGGAGAAUGAAAGGCCGGUUGUUAUGCCGGUGGUGGGUAGAAGUGAAACUCCAACGGGGAAAUGGAAUGGGGAGGUUUGA